AUGCCGGCGGCGAAGCGGCCGUCCGCGUCCUGGGCGCUCCCGCCCGGCCGCCGCGCGCGCGCCCGCCUCUGCCUCCGCCUGGCGGCGCCGCUCUCCUUCCUGCUCCUCCUCGCCGCGUUCCUCCGCACCCAGCCGCCCCCGGCCGCGCCGCCGCCCGCGCCGCCCUUCGCGGGGCCCGCGAAGGUGGCCUUCCUCUUCCUCGCCCGCGCCGGCCUGCCGCUCGACUUCCUCUGGGACGCCUUCCUCCGCAAUGGCGACGAGGGGAGGUUCUCGGUGUACGUGCACUCGGCGCCGGGGUUCGUGCUCGACCGCGCCACCACCGGAUCGCGGUACUUCCACGGGCGCCAGCUCGCCAGGCCCGUCAAGGUGGCGUGGGGCGAACCGACCAUGGUCGAGGCGGAGAAGAUGCUGUUCGCCGCCGCGCUCGAGGAUCCCGCCAACCAGCGCUUCGUUCUGCUCUCGGAUAGUUGUGUUCCCCUGUACAACUUCAGCUACACGUAUACUUACUUGAUGAGCUCACCCAAAAGUAUUGUAGACAGUUUCGUUGACAAGACAGAGAAGCGGUAUAAUCCAAACAUGUCUCCAGUCAUUCCAAAGGAUAAAUGGAGGAAGGGAUCUCAGUGGAUAAUGCUAAUCAGAAAACACGCAGAACUUGUUGUUGAUGACAAGCAUGUCUUGAAAGUUUUCAGGAAGCAUUGUAAGAUGAUAGUGACCAAGGCAUUGCUUGGACAAAAAACGAAUGCUAGACGAUUAGGAUUUGUAUUUCGGCGAAAGCAAAUAUUGAAAGGAGUUGCCGAAAAGGAGCACGAUUGUAUUCCGGAUGAACACUAUGUGCAGACAAUAUUUUCUACGAAAGGACUUGAAGAUGAAAUUGAAAAAAGAACUUUGACCUAUACAUCAUGGAACCAGUCAACUUUAGAUCCUAAAGAUAAAAUGACUUGGCAUCCGACAACAUUUGAGUACGACACAUCAAGUCGUGAGCAUAUCAAUGCUAUAAAGAGUAUCGAUCAUGUGAAUUAUGAGGUCGAACACAGAACUGAGUGGUGCCAAUGCAAUGGUACAUCUGUUCCAUGUUUUUUAUUUGCUAGAAAGUUCUCUUACGGUGGAGCGAUGCAUAUUUUGGAGGAUGGUUCACUUGGUCUGCAAAAAUCUGCUCAAUUACUGGUUAACUUCUAAAAAUUCUUCUGUAUACUAGUCCCAUUUUUCGUGUGACUGGGUACAGUUCAUAGCUAGGUCCAGCCUCGUUGGUGCAGUAGUGUUUGCGGCUGAUGAAGCUUUUGCGCAUGGAGUGUCAUACUUCAUUGAUAGAAUUUGGCCUGUCUAUAGAUCAGUGGAACAGCGUAGGUUAUUGUAUAGAGCAUCUUUGUUGAAGUCCAGCCACUGCAUCAGAAUGCAAUUUCCAACUGACAGACUGAGUCUGAGAUGCAGUGUCAGCUGCUACAUCUGUGAAAAUAAUGAAGCACGCACAUUCCUUUGGGCACUGGCGUUUGUAUAAGAGUAGAAUAUCAGAUAUAGAACGUGUAACAGUUACUCUAUGUACAUGAUCAUAGCAUACUUACAGAAAACAAGAGUAGUACAUUUAUUAUUUUAUUCUUUCACACGAAACUUCAAGGUGGAAGUUGUUACGGACAAGAUCUCAUGCAUGAUUUGUGAAAAGUCGAGAUAACUAUUUUCAGUGGACUGUUCAAUAUGAUUGGUUGGAGAUAUUCUUC